AUGCCUGUGUUAAAUGCUUUGGGCAACCGUGUCUGCUCUUGCUUGAGGCCCAAGCUACUCAAAGGCAGGCACCGAGAAAAUUAAAAAGAGCAUUUAAUCUCAUCGACCCGUAUCCGCCAGGUUCUCAGCUGCCCAAGCCUCUUGUCUCGCUGUGACUGGUUCCCAGUCUUCCUGUCACAACUGGUCCCUAGGACAUCGGCCUCAGACCCUGGCAGCCCCCUGAAUGACGAUGACUAUGAAGUCUUCUUCUCUGCUCUGAGGCCUGAGUGGAAGGCAAGCAUGAUGUGUCAGCUCCGGCGCAACAAGGGCUGCCACAGUCCAAAAAUCAAGCAACUGGAUGAGUUUGAGAACCACGGCCAGAUCCCAGAAGGUCCCAUCUGUGCGGACUUGUCCCAGAACCAGCGUUUCGAGACCUUCUGCCUAUUUGCACAGUUUCGAUGCCUGGAACAGAAGUUCUACGCCAAGCGGAUCGCAUGCCCCGCUUUGGCUGCUGGAGAAACGACCAGUAUCCCCAUAGAGACGUCCCCGUCGCUAGCGCUCUUGGAAACAUCGAUUAGUCCCACGGAAGAAUCAGGGACCCAAACCAUCAACCCAGCCGGAGUUUCCCAGCCGAUCCAUGACAAGGACCUCCUCUCCAGCAUCGAUACCAUUUUGAAAUACUCCUUUGCCGUUUCGGGCCAGGAGCCCGAGCCCCGGGAGGACUCGCCCGUGGCGAACCGUAGCGAGGGAGCUCUCCAAGCCCCUGUGCAUGACGUACACCCAGGCCACUCCAAAGCCUGGCUGGUCACGGCCGUCUCUGAAACCGUCGCCCCGGAGUUAAAAGAGAGAGACCAGCAUCUCCACAAGAAUGUCCACCCCCAGGCAAGCACCUCUUUCUCCUCAAAGGAUGUGGAGAAUGCUGCAACUCCUGAAGGCAGAGAAGAUCUGAAUGGCCAAGAAGAGGCUCCCAGGGCAGAGUCCAAAGGCAGACUCUUAGAUCUCGAGAAGGACGAUGCUGUCUUGAUUCUGUGCUUUUCGGUGCUCGAAGACAUCUGCGUCUCCUCAGUGGUUAGCAAGGCCUGGAAACAAUUGGAGGACAAAACCCUUGGCUACGGCAACUCGGUGUGCGACAGCCUCGGCCGACGCCACACCGACCUGUGCCCCAUGUGCGCCUUCUGUUCCCUGAAAAUGGAGCAGUGCCAACGGGCCCCCGACCUGAGGCGUGUCCUUUGCGAGGGCAGUGCCGAAUACACCGCCUACAUCAACCCUGGAAUCGUGUCCCAGUACCAGGAUACCGGCACCAAGGUUGGCUCCUCGGAGGUCGAGUAUUACGGAAUGGAUGUCUACGGAGGCUUGCAGGCAGACCGCUGGUGUGGCCGCUUGGCCACCCAUGGCUGUGACGAUCCCCGGGUCGUGCUCUGGUUGCAAACGGAGUACUCUUUCUUCCAGCAAGGAGAUUUCCCGGACAAGGUCUGUGACUCCGAACGAGUCGAGCAUCCCAGCUACUGUGCUUUCAAGAGCCACCAGUGCUUGGAGAACAGCCUCAGUGGAGAGAAGGUCCUGCGGCGCGGCUGCUUCAAAAAAGAGACCUACCACGUGCUGAGCGCCGAGGAAGGGAAAGAGGAGGUGCAGCUCUGGAGCCGGAAGUUUUCAAGUUUUUCCGAAGGGUGAAUGCAGG